CCAGCCACUGCACUUCCUGUUGAACACCCAGCUCCUGAGCAGAAGGUAAUCUCUGCGGUCCCAGGAACGCCAAAGAGCAGUCAAGGUCAUGAGUCUACGGAGGUUAGCGUCUCGCCAAGUCAGGCAAAACCGACGCCAACGGCCGGGAUCCCUUCCGGUGUCGUUGAGAUGCCGGCUACCCAGAAGAAGCAUGAUGAGCAGCCUGCUCUUGUGCUAAGCCGAGUGGCUCAUGGCAACGAACAACCACUUUCUCCUGUUUCUUCUGGCGGUCCGUAUUCUAAUAAUACCCCUGUUCCGGUUGCUGUAUCGCCCGAGACAAACCCUGUUGAGGAGGAAAUUGGGCCUACCGAUAAGAUUGCACCGAGCCCCAAGCCUGAGGAGUCUGUCCAAGCACCCCCGAUUUUAGUCCCAUCCACACCGGAUGAACAGCUUCGGCUAGAGGAGGCGCAAUCGCUUCGACAAAACUCGCUGGUAGCGAGUAAGGCCAUAGGUGAUAGUAGUGCCGGUGAACCUUCGACGAAUAAUGAAGUUAUCCAGGAGAACGUUAGUCCAAGACUAACAGGCUCCGAGGACUUAAAAGAGACGCAAGAUUCGGCAGGUACGCCCGUACCGCCGGAGCCAAAGAAGCCUGAUGGGGUAGUCGAGACCGCAGAAGAAAAGGCGCCGUCGCCACAUCAACCUGAACAAGUUGAUACACCGGAUGGGGUAGAAGCCAAGAUAACAGCUACAGCAACGCCUGUAUCAAGGAAAGGAACGCCAACUAUUCCUGGACCAGCACAGCCCGAAAGAAUGACAACCAGAGUAUCUUCCGGUGCUAUUCGGCACAAAUCCGUUUCUGAAAUCCUUGGCGAAGCGCCAAAGCCGGCCAUGCCGCAACCCGAUAAGACUUCUGCUACUGAAAAACCAGAGGCUGCACGAACAGUAUCCAGGGCAUCCAGUGAUUCUACAGCGAGGUUGAGCUUCAAAGAUAGGAAGGCACGGGAAAGAGAAAGGAGCAAGCUCUCUACAGUUGUCUUCCCAAAACAGCAACAGCAACAACUGCAGGACAAGGCUGACUCGAUGGAUCUUGUUCGCCAGCACACUGGUGAACUAGUGAAGUUAAACGAGGAGCGAGAUUAUCUCUUUACCUUGUUCCAGAGCAAGGCAUAUAGCCCACCCCGAGGUACAAGCCUCAGCACUUUACUUGCUUCCGCUCAUAAAACCUUAUCUACCGCAAACCACCACCUUGAAUAUCAGGAGCAGAUGGACUGUCGCACCCUACGCCGUAUCUAUCAACUUCAAAACGCCAACAGAUGGCCAUUGCGCCAAAUGAAGCGCUCACUAGAACCUCCUCGGCAAGGGGCGCAUUGGGAUGUUCUUCUGGAUCAUAUGAAGUGGAUGCGUACUGAUUUCCGUGAAGAAAGGAAGUGGAAGAUCGCAGCAGCCAAAAGUUGCGCAGAUUGGUGCGCGGAGUUUGUUAACAGCCAGCCGGAGCAUAGGUCUUUACUUCGGGUGCAAGUUAGGACUCCAGUCAAAUUGGAGAAGGGGGUUGAGCCUGAUGCUCCUAUGAUGUCGCCUCCAGAGGAGACAGGGGAUGAAAUGCUUGGGAUAUCUCACCCAACCCCCGAUCUAGUUCCUUCAACAGAGGAGGACUCGGUCAGCGAAGGUUAUAAUGACGAGCCACGCCAUGAUUUACAUGAUACGGUUGCACCAGCAGCAAUAUUCUCCCUUAGUUCAGAUGAAUUCACAUUUUCGCUAGAUAUGACGCCGGCAGCCCAAAAGCUCCUGGAAGAACUCCCGGUUUAUUCACCUGUCGAAAUUUCUCCAGAAUCUAACGUUCUUACUUUCAAAGAGCCUCCGGAUGCAGUUUGGAAGACGGAGAUUCUCCCUGUUUCAAAGUUCGCUUCAGGGAAGAUAUCGUUCUACGAUGAUGAACCGCCGCGAAAACGUAGCCGUUAUGAUUAUUUGCAGUAUCAAUCUGACCCUGAGCAUGAGAUGUUGGAUCUGCCACCGGAACAGACAAAUGUUGCUCUCUUCCGACCCGAGAACAAACACAUACGUGAUCGGAUUCACCCAGGGCAUAACUUUAGGCCUCCAACUGAAUACCCUAUGCCGUCGGUUGGCUUUUUUGAGUCACGCCAAUCCUCACAGUGGACGUACGCAGAGGAUGAUGAAUUGCGUCGACUUGUAAAGGAGUACUCCUACAACUGGUCUCUAAUCUCCAGCUGUCUGACUCCUUCGUCGCAAUUCACGUCUGGAGCCGAGAGGCGAACACCUUGGGAAUGCUUCGAACGCUGGAUCGGUCUGGAGGGAUUACCUGCCGAUAUGUCGAAGACACAAUACUUCCGUGCCUAUCAUCAAAGGUUGGAGACAGCGCAACGUGCUGUUUUAGCGCAACAACAGGCUGCUCAGCAGCAGCAGCAACAACAACAGCAGCAGCAACAACAGCAGCAGCAGCCAGGCAAUAACAAUCCACCGUCAUUACCCCCUGUUCGUAGGCGAACUACACAACCUGUCCGUGUUGACCGUAGACGAUCCUCUAAGCAUCUUGCCUUGCUCGAUGCCAUGCGGAAGUUGGCCAAGAAGCGGGAGACGAUGCUUCAAAAACAACAACAUGGUGAGAAAUGAAGAGGUUGAAAACCUUAUGCACGCAAUACUAACGCUCUCCCAGCCUCUCAACUGGCAUCAUUGAGAAAAGUCAACGAAGCAAACCAACCAAAGCCCCCUAUCUCGACUCCCGCCGAGUUUAGUCGGCUCAAGUACGAGCGAGA